AUGAGAUAUCGCAAAAUAGAGGGGGUGGAUGCUGCUCGGAUUGCUGUCCAAGAUCUGCGCGAUUCGUUCCCAUUGAGCCUUGAGCAGCUAAAGGGCAAAGGCUUCCCCGUAUCAUACUUCGAUGCUGAGACUUUCUGCCCCGGGCCAAUCUGGCCAAUCCCUGGAGAAAAGCUUCGCACUUCUCUCGUGCAGGCUAGCUUCAUUCGAGGAGGACUGAUUCUGGGGUGGAAUCUUCUGCAUUUGAGUGGAGAUGGGACUUCAUGGUAUAUCUGGACUAAAAUUUGGGCAGACGCCUGUCGUCGAGCUCAGGGAUUCGAGGGUGAGUCCCUGAACUUGCCGGAAGAGAUCUGGGGAGACCGUGAAAGAGUGAGAAAGUCAUCGGGUCGCAAUGCUGGAAAUACCAAGAAUCAUCCAGAGUGGACUAUUCUACCUUUCACACCAACAUCACCGCCGCCGAAGAUGAUGUCUCCGAAUCAUCGAGGCCAGAUUUUCUAUUUCUCUAAAGACUCCUUGAAAGCCUUGAAGGCGGAGGCUUCACCUGCAAAUGCGACCGAGUCUCAUGGUCAACAAUGGGUAUCUACUAAUGAUGCUCUCUCGGCACUGCUCUGGCGUACCGUGAUGGCUGCUCGGAUCCCCCUAGAAAUAUUGGAAGGUGAUCCUACGUCUGUCUCCAACAUCGCAAUUGACGUCGGCUGCGAACGAACCCAAAGAAAGAUUUUAAGCACCCUCAAAAUCGCGGAUUUGGCGGCGAUGAUCCGCAAGGCCAUGCUGAAUGCUAAUGAGGAAUGGACAGAUGAUACUAUCGCUCUCGAGGAGCAGAUUGAAGAUGUUGACCGACUAAUUGCCACUGCUUUCCUUGAUGUCCCUGGAUUCAAUUGCCCCCAGAGCUCAUGGAUGAACUUUGACCUAUAUGGUCUUGAGUGGGGUCCCGUACUAGGAGACAGAAUUGAGGCCGUUCGUACGCCGCAUGUCGGUAUUGUUAAUGGCCUUCAAGUCGUGCUUCCAAGGCUACCAGAUGGAGGAAUGGAGGUCCUUGUCGGCGUGGAGGGAAAUUUCUUGGAUAAGCUCCUAAAGGACCCAUUGUUUACCAAAUUCGCUGUUGCCAGAUAA